AUGCCCGUGCCAGAAUCCCACCAGGCACCCCAUCCUCCGCCCUCGACAUACACACAAAACCACAACCCGUCCUACUCCAAUGGGCAGCGCGGGCCCUCGCCCAACAGCGCACGCUCAGGCCAGCCCCCAUCUGCAUACCACCGCCCCUCACAGUCGACGUCGAGCACCGUGAGCGCCCCAGCCCCGGCGCGUAUCGUCCCGGGCACGUCCCGGGACGCGAGCCUGCGCGAGCUGCGGACCAUCAAGCUGCCGCGCGAGUGCCUGCCCAAGUUCCUCUCGAUCGCGCGCGUGAACACGCUCCAGAACCGGGAGACGUGCGGGCUGCUGCUAGGCAAGGACAAGGGAACCAAGUACGUCGUCACGACGCUGCUGAUCCCGAAGCAGCACUCGACGAGCGACACGUGCAUGAUGGACGAGGAGGAGCUCGUGCUCCAGUUCACAGAGGAGAGGCACCUGAUCACGCUCGGUUGGAUACAUACGCAUCCCACGCAGUCAUGCUUCAUGUCGUCUGUGGAUCUGCAUACUCAUUCUGGUUUCCAACGCAUGUUGCCAGAGUCCUUCGCCGUCGUGUGCGCGCCCUCCUCAACGCCGCAAUUUGGUAUCUUCCGAUUGACCGAUCCUGGAGGAUUGCAGACCAUCUUGGAUUGCAGUGCGAAGGAAGCUUUCCACCCUCACCCAGACGUCCCGAUCUACACUGAUUGCGACAAUAGCCACGUCCAAAUGAGGGAUCUCUCCCUCGAGAUCGUCGACCUCCGGUAG